GUAUAUUUUUAUAUACUAUGUUAAUGAGUAAUGUUAAAAUAGACGUAAAGGUAAAGGUCAUUAUUAUAAUCUUACUAGCUACCUGCCCGUCAUCGCACUGGUGUACCUACUAAUGAAAAAUAUGACACGAAAUAAUUCCAUUACAUUGAUACGAAACUGUAUAUUAAUUAUUAAUAUUUUUUAUACCUAUGACAUAUUAAUUAACAAUCUACUUUUUACCAUGUACUUACUAUCUACGACUUUUCAAACAUUUUUCUCGCAACAAUGUCGCCUUAUUCUGACAAAUUCAAAUACAUGAAAGAUGUUUUAUAUUGCAGAAUAUUGUUUAAAAGUAUUCUUCAGAGAGUUCAAUAUUCAUUACGUAGGUAAUAUUUCACUGUUCUUAAAUUCUAAAAGAUAUGGUAUUGACGUUACACAAAUUGUUUGUAGCAUGGUGCAUACAACAUUAUAAUUAUUGUCAAUACCUGGCAAAACCUGUUUGCUUCGUUUUUUGACAGAGUACGAAUUUAAUCAACGGACACUGGGAAUAAUAUCAUCACAUAUUUUUAACGAUAGUUACUUUUUUUUUCAUUUCAGUCAGUGUAUUAAAAACAAUAUAGUAAGCGAUAAUUUUAUUCAAAGUUCAUCCAUCAAAUUCGAAACGUAUGUGACAAAAGAAAAUCGAUUCUGGAAUGUAGGAAUGGUUAAAUAUUAAUAAGAUUCAAUAAGAUGUGUGGCAUUUGGGGUACCUUCGGAGUAGACGCUAACCUAACUCCAAUCUGUCACAAAUGUUUUUCUUGUAUUGAGCACCGCGGACCAGAUGCGUGGCGUAUAGAACAAGACGCACGCGAACCUCUCGCCAUACUCGGAUUCCGAAGACUCGCCAUUGUCGACGGCUUGCACGGUAUGCAGCCCAUGCGACUACAUCAAUAUCCUCGCACUACUCUUAUUUGUAAUGGCGAAAUAUACAACUACAAACGUCUUCAAACACAAUACGAGUUUCCCUAUGAAACUAAAUGUGACGUGGAAGCUAUCAUUCACAGUUACCAUAAAUUUGGUGUGGCAGACACUGUUAAAAAAAUUGAUGGUGUAUUCGCUUUUUGUUUAAUUGAUGGCGAAAAAAGAAAAAUAUAUUUGGCACGAGACCCAUAUGGUGUUCGACCUUUAUUCAAGCUUGACGACGAGGUUAACGGAGUUAUGGCAAUUGCUUCAGAAGGUAAGGGUCUAAUGGGACUUAAAUUAAAAUCCAGUGAAAAUACCACGUUGGGACAAUUUCCACCAGGACAUUUCGAAGUGUGGAGUAUACUGGAUAAUGGAAAAGUGAAAAAAGAUUACACUGAACAAUACUUUAAACCGGGAACACCACCUAGGUUUCAGCCAUUUGUUUCUGAAGAUAUUUUGAAAGACAUGGAUGUAAAAGAAAAAAUAGCUAGUCUGUUGGAAGCAGCUUGUAGAAAACGGUUAAUGGCGGAAAGAAGAAUCGGCUGUCUUCUAAGCGGCGGGUUAGAUUCUUCACUGAUUACAGCAUUAGUAGUAAAACUGGCCAAACAAGAGAAACUACCUUAUAAAAUUCAAACAUUCGCUAUUGGUAUGGAUAACUCUCCUGAUUUAGCAGCUGCUCGGACUGUAGCAGAAUAUCUGGGUACUGAGCAUCAUGAAGUAAAAUUUACUGAAAAUGACAUAGAAGAGGAAUUAGAUAAUGUCAUAUAUCAUUUGGAAUCUUAUGAUAUUACGACAAUACGUGCAAGUUUACCUAUGUAUCUUUUAUCGAAAUAUAUAAAAAAGAAUACUGAAACUACAGUUGUAUUCAGUGGUGAAGGUGCUGAUGAAUUAGCUCAAGGUUAUAUUUAUUUUAGAGAUGCACCAUCCUCAAAAGCUGGUCAUGAAGAGAGUAAACGACUUCUUUCCGAUAUUUACUUGUACGAUGGCUUACGUGCAGACCGAACAACCAGUGCUUUCAGUUUAGAACUAAGAGUGCCAUUCUUAGACAUCCAAUUUACACACUAUUACCUCAGUAUAGACCCCAACUUACGUCAACCACAAAAUGGGAUAGAGAAAUAUCUACUACGUAGUAGUUUCGACAAGAGCGGUCUAUUGCCUGACGCAAUACUAUGGCGUCAUAAGGAAGCAUUUAGUGACGGCGUUGCAUCUCUAAAAAAGUCUUUAUUUACAACUUUGUCAGAAAUAAUUACAGAAAGGCUUCCAGAAGAAGACAUUAUCUUCAAAGGAACACAGCCUACUACUAAAGAAUCUAAGUACUACCGCUAUGUAUUCGAAGUAACCUUUCCAGGACAACACCAUUUCACACCAUAUUAUUGGAUGCCAAAAUGGGUACAAGUGACAGACCCGUCGGCAAGAUUUAUUAAACAUUAUGCUGCAUCAUCAUCUGUUAACAACUAAAAUUUAUUUAUCCCAUAUUUAUAUAUUAUCCCAUUGUAUUACAUUUAUAUUUAUAUAUAUAUAUCGAUUACUAUAGUCCUGAGCUUUUGAAUCUCUCACGACCAAUAUUGAACUUGGCACUAACUAAACGCUAAACCUGCCACCUGUACCAAUUGCGAUUUCUGGAUUUAACUGUAUCUACUAGUUCAAAAUUACUAAUUACUUACUUCUCUUAAAUGUCCGCUAUAAUAUUGAUGUGACAUUUGAAAUUGUAUUAUUAUUACAGAACGUAAUAAUUUCAGUAAAUUAAAAAUUUACUUUUUUUUGCGUUACAUACAGAUUAUAAAUUACAUAGAAGUAUAAGUACCUAUGUAUAAUUUAAUGUGUUUGAUCAUUGACUUGUUA